GAGUAUACGACCCCGACGAGCCCGAGCGGGCCGACCUUCUUCUUCGUUGGCACGAUCGUCGGGGCGCUCGGAGUGCUGGUGGUGCAGUACUGUGUGAUCGGGGCUCGGACCACGCCGACCAUAUCGACCGCCGCCGCUGCUGGGUUUGCUCCGCUCACCGACGACGUAGAGAAGGCUGGUGAUUUUGGUGCUAUCCAGUAUAACGUGCCAGGUCCGCCCAUCUUUCACGAGCGGCUCGUGCUCAUCGAGCCCGGCGCUGGUUCGACCGUGAGUGUGCUCACCCCAGAUGGAGAUGAGUACGACGAGGAUUGGCUUCAUGGUGCAGAUGUAGUGUCGUUCGGAUUGAUGGCCUUAGGGGCCUGUGGAGGUGAUCCUCCUGCUGGACCUGGUGGAGCUGUACUACCUGUUUAUCGGUUUCAGAAUGUACCCACACCCGCGGUGUUCAACGCCGCCCGUGCCCGAGCGGCUGCCCGGCGGGGAGUGGCGGUGCCGAUCGACGGCAAGCAGCCCAACCUGGUCGGGCGCGCGGUCGGAGCCGCCCCAGCCGGGGCCGCCCCCGCCGCGGAGGCCGUCGUGCCGGCCUUGGGUGGAGGCGCUGGCGCCUUGGCGGUUGCGCUUGGUCCCGCUCCUGGCGGCGGCCCUGGCGGCGCCGUGGCCGGCGCAGGCGCGGCCCUUGGCGCCGCCGCGGGCGCAGUGCCGGGUGCGGCCGCGCCGGGUGCCGCCGCAGCGGCCGUCGCACCGCCCCCCGUCAUCGGGGCAGGCGGUGUGCUGGUGCCCGCCGCCAUGGCCCCUGGCGCCGCCGCCCCCACGGUCGCCGCAUUCCCGACGGUAGACAUCCGCGUGCAGCCGAUCCAGCAGGACGUGAGCGGGGCCCGCUUCAGGGAGUUCAGGUUCGCCGUGGAGGGCAUGGACGCCUUCUUGUACAUGGGCCUCGACCACGUCCGCGGCAACGUCGCGGUCUGCCCAUCCCUCCAGAGCUGGGUGUCGAGCGAGCUGCAGAAGGAGGUCUCGGUCAUGAAGGAGAGGCGGAAGGCUCGGGAGGAGAGACAGAGCGCGAAGCAGAACAAGAAGAACCCCAAGAAGGACAGCAAGGAUGAUGGCUGA